AUGGGUUUUACAAAUUACCCACAUCAGGUGCGGUUAUUUGGGCGCCAAGGCAAGCAGUAGGUCACAUUGGGCUCUCUCGCUACCUGAGUAUCCUCGAAAAUGGAGGCGACACGCUGUAAUCUUAAGAGGAAUAUUCAGGGGAAAGGCGUAGGGAGGGAGUGGUGGUGUGUUGGGCGCUUCAGUGGCGCGACAUUCCCCCCAAGUGCCCCGCGUUGUUUCGUGAACGCGAAUCCGUUGUGGGUCGCUGCUGCUGCUGCUGCCGCAGCCACCGCGGCCGCUUCCCGAAGGCCACUGGGUCCUACAGGGCCAGGCACGGUGCAGGGAAGAUGUUCACCACCACGUGAACGGUCUGCGCGCCUCUCACAGCUGCCGGGGCUGCGAUCCCAGCCCCGGCACACCGCAGUGCGAUUGCGUCAACGAUCGCGCGGGGCGAUUCUGAUCGCGACGAGGUGGGUCCCUCACCACCCGGAGCCACGCCACCUCGGGUUUCUGAAUGGGAAGAAGCCCCCCUGGUUGGGGUCAGGGUGUGGGGCCCACAGCGAGGGUCCCGGCCCCUCCAGCAGAGGGCGGGGAGGAACGAGAGAGGCCGCAUUGAAGGGGUCGGGAGCCCACCAGCCACGCGGUGCAGUUGCGCAAGCGGGAGAGAGAUUCGAAGAGGACGCGUCCAGCCGACGGCAGCCUGCACGCCAUCUCGACCACUGGAGCUGUCGACAACCUCGAGCAUGGAGCCCUCGACCGUCGUGGAUGGCCUCCGUGAGAAGCUGGUGCAGGAUGGCUACGCGGUGGUGGAGGGUUUCUUGAGUGCGGCGGAGUGUGAGGCGCUGCGCGUGCGUGCCGCCCAGCUUGUCGUCUCGGCACAGGUGCCCCCGGAGUGCCGCGUGGAGUUCACCACGGAGGAAGAGGAGCAGGUGCACGCGCAGGGAAACGCCGAUUACUUCAUGACCAGUGGAGACAAGAUACGCUUCUUCUUUGAGAAGGGCGUCUUCAGCCGGGACGGCGACUUCCUGGUGUCCAAGGAGCUCGCCAUCAACAAGAUCGGCCACGCCUUACACGCCCUGGACCCGGUGUUCAGAGAUGUCACGUUCAGCACGAAGGUGAAGGAAGUGGCACGGAAGGCCGGCCUGCAGGAGCCUGUGGUCGUGCAGAGCAUGUACAUCUUCAAGCAACCGGGGAUUGGAGGAGAAGUGACGCCGCACCAGGACGCGUCGUUCCUGCACACGGAGCCACUGGGCCGCGUGCUCGGGUUCUGGGUGGCGCUGGAGGACGCGGAUCUGGACAACGGCUGCCUCUGGUUCCUGCCCGGGUCUCACCGGGAGGGGGUGUCGCGGCGGCUGGUUCGCCGGCCCGAUGGAGAGUUCCCCCGCACGGGGUUCGAGGGCUCGGAGCCCCCCUACCCUGACGAGGGGUUCGUGGCAGUGCCCGUAAAACAGGGGGGUCUGGUUCUCAUCCAUGGUGAAGUCGUCCACCGCAGCUCGGCCAAUCGGUCUCCUCGCUCGCGCCACGCCUAUACCUUCCACCUCAUGGAGGCGCGCGGCUCACAGUGGAGCACACGCAACUGGCUACAGCCCACGAGUGCGCUUCCCUUCCCUCACCUCUACUGAGUCGGCGCUGCAGGCGGGCGCUCGGAAGAUGGCGUCUGCCGCUGCCCCGACGUCACCGGCCCCGACGUCCCGUCGACGAGCCCCGGACACUCUCUCUCUCUUUCUCUCAUCAAUAAACGGAGCUGGAACAUCCAA